UGUAUUCAUUUUAUUCGACAAGACAAGACAAGACAACAUGAAGGCAUCAAUGUUUUGGCAGACUCUUCUGAAACCAAGACUCCUUUGUCUGCUGCUUCUAGUUUUAAAGAUAACUGGACUCAGUUCUGUUGAUACAGGACGUAGUGAUCCGAUUCAAUAUAAAGGGAUGGUCGGUGGAAACGUCAGCUUCUACUGUCCUGUAGACAAAACGAAGAAGUUGACAUUGCUGUACUUCCAAAAACCUAGUAAACCGACAGUUUUCCUUAAUGGAUACUAUUCUACAAAACCCAUAAAAACAACACAAAACAACACAAAAUUGGACCUAAACAAAACAAUAAUGUACAUGUUUGAUCUAAAGUUGUCUGACAGUGGAGACUACGAAUGUUAUUAUAUGUAUGCCAAUACAAAUAUGGUUAAGCCAGCGAGGGUUGAGAUGCAUCUUACUGUCACAGCCCUCUUCAGUAAACCUGUAAUCACAAAAACCUGUGAUGAAAGAAACGGCUACCCAUUGGACUGUCAUGUGAAAUGUGAAUCACAUAACGGGUUACCGAAGAAACAAAUAAAGUGGAAUGUACCUGGAAAUAGUAGCAGAGACUUGUUGAAGGAAGCCAGAACGGAUGAAGUACCGUCCAAUGCAGGGUUGGUUAAUAUCUCCAGCACUGCGUACUUCAACUGCUCUGUUGAUAACCUGACGGUGUCCUGCUCGGUGGAUGGCUUCACCUCAGAUAACAUCUCCGUGUGUCCUUCUAAGCCCCCCCCUGACAAGCCUGGCCCGUCCAUUGUUCAUGUAGCUGCAGGAGUUGUUUGUACUCUUGUGGUUGUGCUGUCAUUGGUUUUGUACAUUACAUUAAGAAAAAGAGAAACAAGGCCAGCAGUACAGCCAGAGGCAGGAAAUGGACACCCGGAUGAGGUCAUAGCUAUGAACGAUUCAAAAGCAGAAAUAUUGUAAUUGUAAAGAUCUGGG